GUGUACUCCACCAUGGUGGCUGUUCCACCGAUUGUCGUCAUCCUAGGUGCGACCGGAACCGGCAAAACAAAGCUCUCGCUGGAGCUAGCAGCUCGGUACGGUGGCGAAGUGAUCAGCGCCGACUCGAUGCAGGUUUACAAGGGACUGGACAUCGUCACCGCUAAGGCAACGCAGGAUGAACAGCGGCAGGCGGUGCAUCACCUUCUGGAUGUGGUGACACCGGAUCAAACCUUCACCGUGACCCAUUUUCAGGAGCGUGCCCUUCCGAUCAUCGACUCGCUGUUGGCGACCAACCGCAUGCCGAUCGUCGUGGGCGGUACCAACUACUACAUCGAGAGUGUCCUCUGGCGGGUGCUGCUUGGCGAGGGUGUUAAACGUGAGCGAGUUCGAACGAGAAGCACCACGGACGUGCCGGAAGCGGCUGAACCUGAGCAGAAGCACCAGAAAACGGAUGUGGCAGCUACAGAGCCAUUGCAGGAGGAUCAGCUGUUGGACCGGCUGUUGGAGGAGUUACCGACGAUGGCAUCCGGGGAUGAGCUGGAGGAGUAUGAGUCGACGUUGUUGCACCGGGCUUUGCAACGUGUCGAUCCGGGCUCAGCUGAUCGGCUUCAUCCGAACAACAAGCGCAAGAUAAUUCGUGCACUUGAAGUAUACAUGGAAUCCGGAGGUCAGAACACUAUGAGCCAAGUCCUAGCAAAACAACGUACAGGCCCGGGUGCGUGUUGUUUGGGUGGACCUUUACGAUAUGAGAACGUAAUAAUUUUGUGGCUACGUUGUGAUCAAGAAAUAUUAAAUCGACGCUUGGAAACGAGAGUGGACAAUAUGGUGUCGCAAGGAUUACUUCCCGAGAUUCGCACAUUUUAUGAGGAAUAUGUCAAACCUUACCAAAAGUGUGAUCUGCAUCGGGGCAUCCUCCAGAGCAUUGGUUUUAAAGAGUUCGUGAAGUACCUGCAGCAGUACGGACCAGAGCAAGAUCGUGUAUUAUUGGAAUAUCUUACGACCAACCCAGAUGUACGUGGUCCAAAGCCUGCUGGACAUGAUCUGCUCGUGGACUGCCUUGACUACUUGAAGCUAGUGACGAGACGCUACGCCCGCCGUCAGCUGCAAUGGAUUCGAAAUAGAUUUCUGAGCGACACCGGUCGCGAAGUCCCGUCUAUCUACUCUAUCGAUACCGAUAACGUCGAUCAGUGGAUGGCACAGGUUACUGAUCGAACAGUUGCUAUCAUCGAAGCAGUUAUGGCUGGACAAACCCCACCUUACUCGUGUGUACCGAGAGCUGAACAAGGACGCCAGCGGCUGCAGGAAGAACGCACAUUUCACUGUGAAGUCUGCCAGCGAGUUUUUAUUGGCGAACAUCAGUGGCAGCUGCACAUCCGAUCCAACAAACAUCGCAAAGUUGUAAAACAGGCAACUAAAUCUCAACCGGAAAGCCAACAGCCGCAAACUUCAGCUUCUACAUCCUUUAGUUAA